AUGGCCUUGGAAAUCAAGCAGCUGACAGCCAUCCAAUGGAAAGGCAUCAAUGUGGUGAUCCCUGAAGAUUUGCUGCUGACCAAUGCUGACAACCAGACCUUUCUGAAGCUUCGACCUUCUCACCACAGCAUAACCAAGCUGGUGUGUCCUGAUUGCAAGAAAAAGAAUUUGUCCUUGUCAGCAGGACCAAGGCUCAUGAAUUUGGUGUCCUUGGUACAUGCCGAAAGCUUGGAGAAGGAGACCAUGGCUGAAGGCCAAGGAGAAGGUGCUGAGUCAUUGUUUGGAAGUGAAGAGCAGAGACCAAAGAAGAAGCAGAAGAAAGAAUGUGGGAAAUUAUCAGAGGCAUCUGUUGUGGUGACUUUGCCAGAUGACUUUGGAAGUUUGACUGCCAUGUGGCCUUCCAGCAAACAUGCUGAUGUGGCUAUCCUUCUAGAAGCUUCCAAUGUGCAGAAAUGUUUGGAAUAUUUGGAAGCUGACUGCUCCACAUGUGCAGAAGGUGCAAAGAGAUCUUACAACAAGAGUGGUAAGAGCAUCUCGAAAGUGCUCACUGGGACCUGGAAGUUGGCAGACUUCAUGGUCAAUGGGACCUAUCCCUUGAAGAAGGUGGACCAGGACCUUUGGAUGUGGUACACCAAGCAUGGGCCCAAGCAAGCCUGCUGGUAUGUGAGCGAUCACUAUGUGGAGGAUGGUGGCAGCUGGAGCAAUCUGAGGUGCUUGGCAAGGAUUGCAGAUGUCAACAUGUCUCCUUCUGGUGACAUCUUCAUACCGCACCAGAGCCAGACAGCAGCCAAUUGGAUCCUGACUGGAGCUAGUGUCUUUGUCCCCCAGAUGACUUACUCACCCCUGCAAAGGUAUGAAGCUGUGCUGCGACAGAACCAGGAGCUCAAGGUGGAGAACACAAACUUGAAGCAGGAGAAUGAAAAGUUGAAGAUGCAGGCUGAUCAACUGCAGUUGGAACUGCAACAACACCUUGAGAAGAAGCAUGGCCAGGACUUGCUGGAGCCUGCACCAUCUUCUGUUUGUGCUGAAGGUAAGGGCAUGCCACUAUUGCCACCUCCUCCUCCAAGAGUGCCAGAUCUUGGGCCUUAUGGCAAAGGUAAGCCUGCUGAGGAAGGUGAGCAGGGCAAGGGAAAGUCUUCACCCUCUGCCCAGUGGAUUGCAGGUCAGUCUGGAGCCAAAGUCCCCACUGGAUGGAAGAACUACAUGGCUUACAUCCAGCAGGAUUGGCAGAAGGCAGAGCAGCUGGUGGCUUUGUACUUGCAGGAUCCACAGAUGAGGACCUUGGUUGACAACCAUAUCUAUACUCUGAGGACCCGUGGUUUUGACAGCAUGUUCCCUUGGUGCUCAGACUAA